AUGACGUCAGACACACAGAAAAUACUGUGCAUCAGUUUUAACCAAGAUUAUUCAUGCUUUGCUCUAGGCACUACACAUGGAUUUUCAGUCUAUGGCAUAGACCAAAAUCAUCUCAGAGAACGAUUUAAACGCAAUUUUAAUGGGGGUGUUGGUAUCAUCGAGUUGUUGUAUAAGUCAAAUUUAGUUGCUUUGGUUGGGGGCGGCCCACAACCAGUGUUUCCACCAACGAAAUUGAUCAUAUGGGAUGACUACCAAAACAAGGGCAUUGCAGAGUUAGAGUACGACACGCCUGUUCGUGCUGCACGAUUGAAACGGGAUAUAAUUGUUGUGGUUGUUGAAACAAAUGUGUUUGUGUACGACUUCAGAAAUUUGAACCUUCGGCAGACGUAUAAGACGUGUCCAAAUCCAAAUGGGUUGGUUGCCGUCUCCUCUUCUGAUAACAAAGUGAUCGCAUACCCGUCGAUAGAAGACGGUAAAGUCGUUGUUACAAACUUAGAGACUAACACCUCAGUCACUAUUGAAGCACACAAACACAACAUCUCCGCUUUAAGUCUCUCGCCCGAGUCCAAUAUAUUAGUGACUGCAAGUGUUGAAGGGACACUAUUUAGAGUCUGGGACACGUUACGUGGCGACAAAAUUGGCGAGUUCCGUCGUGGCAAGAAUGCCGCAGUCAUCUAUUCCAUCAACUUUUCACAAGACGGGAAGUUCAUAGUGACAAACAGUAAUCGCGGGACGGUACAUGUGUAUACCCUUCAGCAAGACGGUGAUGUUGUCAACAAAGAGUCCACAUUUGCCAAAAUGGUACCAGGCUUCUCUGGGGUCUAUGGGUGUUGUGAAUGUUCCAUACCUCCAGAUAUCUACACUGCAGUGUUUUUUGGUUGGCAGAAUUCGUUGAACAUGACAGUGAUGGGAAUAACUAUAGAUGGAGUGUUCACUAAAUUCAGAGUAGAGAAUGAUAAAGGGCAACUUACUAUGGUCUCCGAUGAGUCUUCCCCUAUUCUGUGA